AUGAGCUCGACCCUAUCAGAAGAAGAGAGCGUAAAACACAUUGGAAGGAUGUCUAAAGACCAUGCUGCAGAGCGUAAAAGAAAGCACGAUGAUGUCGAUUUGGCUGAAAGCACGGCAGUGAAGAAGGACAAGAAGGAAAAGAAGAGUAAGAAGGAGAAGAAGGACAAGAAAGACAAGAAAGAAAAGAAGGACAAGAAAGAUAAAAAGUCAAAGGACAAGAGCAAGGUUGACGAUGCCGUAGCAUCUGCUAAGACCAAAAGUGAACCCCUGAGCACAGAGUCUGCGACUAAAGAGAAGUCGCACGGAUCGACAGGCUAUACCGAGAGCGAAAAACUGUCUAAAGUGCCUCAGAGUCAAAUAGAUCAGUUCUUUCAAGAUAACGAGGUUAGCGUAGAGGACCCUGCCAAACUAAAUUUACGUCCUCUACUGUCCUUUGACCAGAUUUCUUUAUCAUCCGAAAUUCAAGAAGAGAUUUCGAAGUUUCCAAAACCGACUCCAAUCCAGGCAGUUUCAUGGCCUUACUUGCUAUCUGGAAAGGAUGUUGUUGGUGUUGCGGAAACAGGUUCUGGUAAAACUUUCGCUUUCGGCGUUCCUGCUAUCCACAAUUUGAAAACCGCUGACGCCAAAUCUCAGGGAGUUCAAGUGCUUGUCAUUUCUCCCACAAGAGAAUUGGCUUCUCAAAUCUACGACAACCUAAUCUUGCUGACCAAGAAGGCGGGUGUGAACUGUUGCUGUGUAUACGGUGGUGUUCCCAAGGAUGAACAGAGGAGCCAGUUGAAAAAGUCGCAGGUCGUUGUCGCGACCCCCGGCAGACUUCUAGAUUUGAUCGAGGAGGGCUCCGCUAGGCUUUCCAAUGUCAAAUACCUUGUAUUGGAUGAAGCUGACAGAAUGCUUGAAAAGGGGUUCGAAGAGGACAUUAAGCGCAUCAUUGGAUCGACAAAGGCCACUGGUAGACAAACACUAAUGUUCACAGCUACUUGGCCCAAGGAAGUCCGUGAGCUUGCGAACACCUUCAUGGAUAGCCCUGUCAAGAUUUCAAUUGGUAACAGAGACGAGUUAUCGGCCAAUAAGCGUAUCACACAAAUCGUCGAAGUCAUUGACCCAUUCAAGAAGGACAGAAAACUAUUAGAGUUGCUUAAAAAGUACCAGUCUGGCGCGCGCAAGAAUGACAAAGUUCUGAUUUUUGCUCUUUAUAAAAAAGAAGCUGCGCGAGUUGAAAGAAACUUGAAGUACAAUGGUUACAAUGUCGCUGCCAUCCAUGGUGACCUUUCCCAGCAGCAGAGAACCCAGGCUCUCAAUGAGUUCAAGUCAGGCGAGUCUAAUAUGCUACUUGCUACUGAUGUUGCAGCCCGUGGUCUCGAUAUUCCUAAUGUCAAGACUGUCAUCAAUUUGACUUUCCCUUUAACUGUGGAAGACUACGUCCACAGAAUCGGAAGAACGGGCAGAGCUGGUCUCACGGGUACGGCUCACACUCUGUUUACUGAGCAGGAGAAGCAUCUUGCGGGUGCUCUUGUAAACGUCCUCAACGGAGCUAACCAACCUGUUCCCGAAGAGUUGAAGAAAUUUGGUACUCACACCAAGAAAAAGGAACAUAGCGCUUAUGGAGCCUUUUAUAAGGAUGUUGACACCACCAAGAAGCCAAAGAAAAUCACGUUUGACUGA